AGGGGGCACCAGUUGGGGAACCCUGAUAUACACGUUUUUAAUUCAAUUGUACACUAACCCCCUCCCUUUCUGUAUUUUAGAAAAUAAGUUAAACCUAUCUUUUCUUAAUAUCGGCGGUUGUCAGACAUCAUGCACAUUAUUUCAGCCAAUGGAUAGUUAUGUGCACCUGAUGUGGGCAACAUACAGGCCACCUUUUCAAUUGGCACCACUGACAAUAGAACUCAACAAGAACCCAGUGGAGGGCUUUUCAGCUGGCCUAAUAGACGAUGUCGAUAUAUACAAAUGGGAGGUUGUCAUCAUAGGGCCACAAGACACCCUCUUCGAAGGAGGUUUUUUUAAAGCAUACCUGACCUUUCCCUAUGAUUAUCCUCUACGGCCUCCCAAGUUGAAGUUCAUCACUGAAAUCUGGCAUCCUAAUGUGGCAAAGAAUGGUGAUGUAUGUAUCUCAAUUCUGCAUGAGCCAGGAGAGGACAAGUUUGGCUAUGAGAAGCCAGAGGAACGUUGGCUUCCUAUCCACACUGUAGAGACGAUUAUGAUCAGUGUAAUCUCCAUGCUGGCCGACCCAAACAGUGAAUCGCCUGCUAAUGUGGAUGCUGCGAAAGAGUGGAGGGAGGAUCCAAAUGGUGAAUUCAAGAGGAAGGUGGCUUGCUGUGUACGGAAAAGCCAGGAGAUGGCAUUUGACUAGAACCCAAACUCAAUGGCUAAAGGACAUGGGUUCAGAAGGAAAAUAGGCAGUUCAGCAAAAGGCUUUAGCACCCCUUCUUUUGCCAUUCAAGGGAUUUGGUUGGUCAGACACUUUUCUUUUUUUUUCCUGAGAGGUCGUUGUUUUUUGUAAGAGGAAUUAAUGUGAGAAACCUACCAGUGAAAAUUUCCCUCCAUUUCCCUAACUGGAAUUCUAUAGAAUUCUAAAUGUAAUUAUAUUUAUUUUGGAAAAAUAUAGAUUAGAUUUCAAGUUUAAUAGUCACAUGUACAGGGUUGCAAUGAUGUAAGAUGUCACUACUGUAAAUUAACUAGCUUUUUUUAUCUGCUGCUGAACAGUUUUUCUACUUCGUAUCAGGUUUCUUAUGCAAUUUGUUUGUUGUGCUUGAAGAAUUUAAAACACGUGAAAGUUCUUCUCAUUAUUAGGUUCUCACCAAGUGUCCCAUCCUCACAAUCACCUUGUCAAACAUGUUUUUGUCGUUCCACAAUCAUUUGAUCCCUCUUUCCUGAUGUUAGUUCUACUCUCUCGUGGUUUUUCUCACCUGCUUGUUGACUGGGUCCUUUACCCAGACAAUCACAAUGUCUGCUACCAAUCAUGUCACAGUCAAGUCUCUGAGGUCCUACUCACUCUGUUUUAAUGAAACGUUCCGAACCAACCAAAAAGUUAUGUUAAGACUUAAGCUAUGAUUAUUCAGUGGAUAUACCGGUUUGAUGGCAUCUGAAUUUACCUCAAUUUAAAAGGAUUACAUUUUUGUUUUCAGGUUUUAUGGAUGUUUUAUUUGUUCUUAGUCUAGUGUUACAUGGGAGCUGUAAGUGACAUUGACAUAGAACUUGACCCUCUGAGGUUGUUUCUGGGUGAUGGGUGGCACAUUUGGCUUCUUGGUGCAUGUGUAUGAUCAGAUCUUGUACAAUUCACAAUUACCCCAAGAUUUAUAUUCUAAUUUGUGUAUUCAGAUGAUAUGAUUACAAAAGCCUCAAACUAAGGCAGUCAAAUUUUUAGUUAUGGGUGCAGCCUCUUGUGGACAACAUGUUUUUCUUUGCUCUAAGGACUAUCAAGUCUCAUGAUAAUAACUGCCAUAUACCAUCUGUUUAUUCUUGGUGUAACCAGGUGGUACAUCACUGGGAGGCAUGCAAUUACACCAUUAGUUAAAACAGUUCACAAUAUGCAGAAGGCAUCUAGAGUUGCUUUGUCUUUAUUAUAUGGGAUUUUGCUGUUGGCUUGUUGAUCAAAUCAAAUUUUGUCACAUGCGCCGAAUACAACAGGUAUAGACCCUACAGUGAAAUGCUUACUUACAAA